AUGACGGAAAGUCAGAGUCUCCGCACGUCCCGACACGCAGAUACCGCUCUCGCGAGAGUUCGACGUGGUGCGAAGUUUCGGGGACAGGCGCGGACCCGAUACUGCGCACGCGCGCGGUCGCACCGAUCCCACGCCCCCUUCCGGCGCCUAGAGCGCCGCUGCCGCCAUGUUGAGGGGGGACCGCGACCAGCUGGGCCCCUGGCUCGGGGAGGGGCCACGUCAGUGCUGCCAGAGACGUCACAAUGCCGGCCCAGCCCUUCGGUGCACAAUUGGCUGCCGCUGCCACUUACGUGUCGCUCUUCCUCGUUUGCCCCUCGUGUUCAUGGGAGCUCGUUUUCUUUUUCUCUAGGCAGAGAAGAGGCGAUGGCGGCGAUGGCAUCUCUGGCAUCUCUCGGCGCCCUGGCCCUGCUCCUGCUGUCCAGCCUCUUCCGCUGCUCAGCCGAGGCCUGCCUGGAGCCCCAGAUCACCCCUUCCUACUACACCACUUCUGACGCUGUCAUUUCCACUGAGACCGUCUUCAUUGUGGAGAUCUCCCUGACAUGCAAGAACAGGGUCCAGAGGGAGAAUCAAGAUUCCAACUCUUGGGGUGCCGGAGAGAUCGGGACACAGCGAUUGCCAGAUCCUAGCCAGUGUUGACAGGUCACCUUCCUCACCUGCUUUGUGUGCUGUGCCUACACGAGGUAACACUGGGCUCACCACCAGCUGUUUCCCGAAUGAGUAUCUGGACCAGGAGAAAGGGCCGGGGGUCAGCCCACCCCGGUUGCCAUCGGCCAGUUUGUCUGUGUGGGUGUUUUUGUUUUUGUUUUUUGUUUGUUUUUUUGAGAUAGGGUCUCACUCUGUUGCCUCAGCUGGAGUGCAUUGGCAUGAUCUUGGCUCACUGCAGUCUCCACCUCCCAGGUUCAAGCGAUUCUCCUGUCAGUCUCCUAAGUAGCUGGGAUGACAGGUGCUCGCCACCAUGCCCAGCUAAGUUUUGUAUUUUUUGGUAGAGACGGGGUUUCGGGUGUUCUAACUUCAAGAUUCAGGAGCCUUGGCCUUGGCCUUGGCCCUGGCCCCUGACCUGUGUUCCCAAAAGUCCAAAGAGGGAAAUGGGGCCUUAUUUGGGUAUGGCCCUCUUAGGGUAAAGCACCCCUUGGGCAGCCCACUGGGCACCCCUGACCCCAGCACCUCCCUUGUAGAUUCAGGAAAUCACUCAGCCCUUUUGAUCAUCCCGCCCCUGCUCACAGUCAACAGGG